ACAAGCUCCGCUGCAAUUAUUGCAAGCAUGUGUGGCAGGGCAAUUUGUUCAAGGCGCAACAGCACUUCACGUAGCUGAAGAGGUGUGCGGCGGCAACGAUGGACGUGCUUGUGGACAUUUGGAACCACACAGAGUACGAGUUCGAUGAGCGUCAUCACCGCGGUAUCAUGGCGUACAUGAGGGAGCAUGAUAUCGCGGAUAGACGAGCCGUGGACGUCCAUCAGGGCAGUGGCAGGGGCCGCACGGGUGGGACACAGUCACGACCACAGGAGCGUGAUGAUGUGGAGGAGGUGGAGGAGUUCCUUGCCGAGGAGGCGAGGCGAGCAGAGGCCCGGGGCGGUGAGGAGGGUGGAGGGGCAGGCCCGACACCCGAUUUGUCGGGAGAGGAUGUGGUUAUGACUGCGCAAGGAAAGAAGCCGGUGCAGAGUGGAGUUGAGGGCGUGCCACAGGGGCGCAAGAGACAGCGGCAGUCAAGACUGGACGAGGUGUACGAUCCGGAUGGGCAGGCCGGAUUCAGGGACACUUUUUUGCAGUGGGCCUACGAUGCCGGUAUUCCGUUCGCUGCAUUCAGGAGGCAGUCAUGGCUUCGGCACAAGAAGCAGUUGGCCUCCAUGGCUCGCGGAGUGCGGCCAGUCUAUCCGUCCUUCAAGGACAUUGGGGGCGCUGGUAUUAAUGAGCAGCGAGGGAAGGUUGCCGCGAUGUUGAGGGAGGUCCGUAGUUCGUUUGAGUCGAUAGGGGCCACCAUUUUGUCGGACGGUAGGCAGUCGCGAGACGCUAGGCCUAUAGUCAACUUCCUCGCAGCCGCCAAGCGCGGUGCCCUCUUAUACGCCACCGUCCAGCGAGACGGUGCAGUGUCCGAGACGGCAUAUAUCGUCCUGAGGAGGUGGAAGGCCAUUUUUCGGUCUUUCCCACCGAAGGACGUGUUGGCCAUUUGCACGGACUCUGCGUCGAACUACACGUCGGCCGCAAAGCUCCUUGCGAAGGACUCUGAUCCGGACAUUCGCAGUAUCACUUGGCUCCCGUGUGCCACCCACGUGGCCAACUUGAUGUUGUCUGACAUCGGGACACGGGUUCCUUGGGUUACGGACACCAUUUUCAGGGCUCGGGCGUUGGUGCGAUUCAUUAAAUCGCACGGCGCGGCUUAUCACCUGCGUAAUGCCUUGGAGAGCAUGCUUCAUGACGACGCAUGGGACAAGAUCCCAUGGGAGUCGUUGAAGCGUAGACAGGCUCUGUGGGUUCGACAGCUCAUCCGCUGCGCCGAUUUCUGGCGCAACGUUCAGCACGCUGUCGCAGUCAUGACCCCUGUCCACCAGCUGUUGAGGAGAUUGGACAGGGGCGGCAUGAUCAUGUCCACGAUGUACUCAAGGUCACAGGAGUUGGUACGGCAGGUGGCUGCUGCUGACGUCCCUGAUGACAUGCGGGGGCCUUGYGUGGAGGSGGUGCAGAUCCGCACUAUGCAUAUGCUUGAGCYUGCRCACGYUGCGGCGCACCUGCUCAACCCCCGCAGACGCUCUMUCCGUUACUACGAGUCCGCCCGCAGGACAACUGCGGACCUCGAGGUCGUCACCGAGUGCGACUCGUUUUUGUUGGCGCAGACAGGYGGUGAUCGUGCGGGGGAUGCAUACUUGCGUGUGCGUGAGCAGAUGCGAUCCUUCCACUCCAGGGUCGGCCACCACACAGAGAGGGUGAYGAGGGACGCCGAGGCGGAGGCCUGUGUAGGGGACGAGGAGACGAGCAGGUGCGCGUCRUGGUGGGUGGAGCACGGYGCAUGCUUCCCGGACUUGCAGGAGAUCGCUGGCCCGGGGGUUGCCGAGGUUUUCGGUGCCAGAGCCGAGAUACUCCAUCCUUACGACUACGUGCCUCCACCGCUAGCAGAGCCAGUGCAGGCGUCGGAGGAGCAGACGGACACGGAGGUCGGAGAGGAUUUGCCACCUGGUGUAGAUAAGAGUGCGGAGAGACUCUACUACACAUACGGAGGAGGAGCCGAUGGAUUCCAGCCACGCUGCACAUUCAUUCGGGAGAGCGACGACGAUCCCAUCCCCGCCACCGAUAUAGGGUUGGAUGGUGGACAGCGAGACGAGGACGACGUGGACGACGACGACGACGACGACGAGUCGUUACUGCUUCGCAGAGCACGGUUGGCGCAGCAGGGAGCCGCGCGGCCCGCGCCUGCCGCCGAGGGUCUCAGGAGAUCGGCGAGGCUGCAGCAGACCCAGGCGGGAUCGACUUCAGGUGGUAGACGCGAGGCGUCGGACCACCUAGACGACAUCAGAGAUGAGGAGCAUUUGUCGAGCCAGCAUACGCCCGCCUCGGCACCUCGAGGCGACAGUCAGCAGAGGGAGCUGCGGCUGCUGCGCACGAGUGACUUUCAGGGCCUUGGACCAGGAUUUGCGGGCAACGGUGUUCGAGGGCGGGCUGAUGGGCGAGAGAGAGUGGGGGAUGAGGCCGAGUACCAUCCUGUGCAGGGUGGUGGUCCAGAGUCCGUGGAGGAGCUCCAUGCUCGGAUGGAUCGAGAGGAGGAGCAGCGGCUGCAGCAGUUGCAAAGAGAGUGGGUGGGCAGAGAUAAGUACAUGGCGGAGCAGCAGCGUGUUAGAGACUUGGACACGGGUACUGUAGUCCGUGAUGUGGGUGGGGUAGAGCAUAGCGUUCGUACAGUCCCGCACGGGUUUGGGUUUCCAGCCGACGCAGCGAUACCCGAUACCGCAGUGCCCGAGACGUCGCCCCAGGGAGAUGUGGACUCCGGGUCUGCCGUGGGAGGAGAGUUAGGUGCGUCUGAGUAUGGCGAUCCGACAGUGUCCGACAUCAUAGUUGGGUUGUGUGCGGCGGGCACAUUGCAGCCAGGCGAUCCAGCCACUCAGGAGGCAGUUCCCAUGGACGACGAUUCAGGCGAGUUGGAUGGAGGCCGCAUACCCGAUGCGGAGGGCGAUGAUGGGGCGGGUGAUGCCGACCGUCUUGCACCUGCGUACAGCACCGGUCCAGGUCGAUCGACACACGGGUCGAUUGGGGUUGACGCAUGUGGACCUGUAAAGGGCGAUGCACAUGUAGACGACGCUGGAGGCAGUACGUCGUGGGCGUUGGUGUUGCGUCAUCCUUCACCGGUCGCCGCCGAGGAUGCGUCACAUCCUGCGGAGGGUGGAGGUGGUGUUGAUGACGCGGUGGAGGGCGGUACGACAGAUGACCGUACUGACCCAGAGAGAGGGAGGAGGGGGAGAUUACACCGGGCCUACUGGAGGAGGAACCCAUCGAGGUUGUGAGGCGUAGGGAGAGAGAGAGGGAGAGAUCGGCCGCGGCAAGGACACAU